AUGUCGUUCGGCAAGGUGAUCCCCUUCAGCUACACAGACGCCCCGCUGGCCAUCCCGCAGAUUGGACUAGGGACCUGGCUGUCGAAGCCGAAGGAGGUAGAAAACGCGGUCGAGGUCGCGAUCCACGCCGGCUACCGGCACAUCGACUGCGCGAUGAUCUACCAGAACCAGGACGAGGUCAUCCCCUCCGUCGUCAAGCGCGAGGACAUCUUCGUCACCACCAAGCUCUGGAACACCUCACACAAGCCCGAGGAGGUCGAGAAGGAGCUCGACGAGUCCCUCAAGCAGCUCGGCCUCGACUACGUCGACCUCUACCUCGUCCACUGGCCCGUCGCGUUCCCGCCCGUGCCGUUCAACACCAACCUCGAGCCCGAGGACAGCGCGAAGCCCGGCUGGGUCCAGCUCGACCUCGACACGAGCCUCGUCGACACCUGGAAGGCAAUGAUCGCCCUCAAGAGCACCGGCAAGGUCAAGGCGAUCGGCGUCUCCAACUUCGCGAUCCCCCACAUCCGCGGCAUCGUCGAGGCCACCGGCGUCUGGCCGGCCGUGAACCAGAUCGAGGCGCACCCGCUCCUGCUCCAGGAUGACCUCGUCGCGUACUGCAAGGAGAACAAGAUCCACCUGACCGCGUACAGCCCGCUCGGGAACAACAUGGCUGGUGAGCCCAUGCUCACGGAGUACCCCGAGGUGAAGGCGAUUGCUGCCAAGGUCGGCGCGACCCCGGCGCAGGUGCUCGUCGCGUGGGGCGCGAAGCGCGGGUACUCGAUCAUCCCGAAGAGCGUCACCCCCUCGCGCAUCGAGUCGAACUUCCAGCAGGUCGAGCUCUCGGACGAGGACUACGCGGCGCUGUGCGAGCUCGGGCGCAAGAAGCGCCGGCGGUACAACAUCAAGACGACUUACCCCGUCUUCUGGGACAUCAACAUCUUCAGCGAGCCGGAGGAGGCGAACACGACCAACCAGGUCAAGAUCGCGUGA